CUUAUUCAUCAUAACACAUCUUCAACCAAAACCCUAAAAGAAGGCUCCUUUCAAAAACCCCAUUUCUUCAUCAUCAUGUCAACUUCCAAAACCCUAGAUCAUAUUAAGCCCUAUGAGACAUCCCCAAAUCAAAUGGGGUUUGCUAUAGCGCACCAAAACACAACCAACACAGCCACCACCACAACCGGAGAGAGAAGAGGCCGGAGAUCAAAGCAAGCAGAGCCAGGGAGGUUCCUAGGAGUCAGGAGACGUCCAUGGGGUCGUUACGCAGCUGAGAUAAGAGAUCCAACCACCAAAGAACGUCACUGGCUUGGCACUUUCGACACUGCUCAUGAAGCCGCUCUUGCCUAUGAUAGAGCAGCUCUUUCGAUGAGAGGCACUCAAGGUCGGACUAACUUCGUCUACACUCCAACUGAUGUUCACACCAUCCUCACAAACCCUAAUCUCCACUCUCUCAUCGUCUCUCCUUACAACAACAACCAAUCUCUCUUACCAAACUCUUCUCCCCAGUUUGUCAUUGAUCACCAUCCUCAUUAUCAAAACUAUCAUCACCAUCAGCAACCUAAACAUAUACCCGUCGCUUCUUUCAAAACGCCCGUUCGUCAUCAAAACUCUGUGUUUAGUACUAGUCCUCAGAACUCGUCUUCUAACGGCUCGUUAUCUUCUUCACUAGACGAAGAAAACAACUUCUUCUCGUUUGAUGGAAGUAACUCCAGUAAUAACUCGGGGUACUUGGACUGCAUUGUCCCAAACCAUUGCCUUAAACCACCUCCAGAAACCACCACUACACAAAGUCAAAUCGGAGCUGGUUUCACAACUCCGUCAAGCAAGGCCUCUGACUCAUACGGAUGGUUUAAUAAUAGUUACUUUGAAGAUGGUGAUAUGAAUCAUCAUCAUCAUCAUGAGUUUGGUUCGUGUGAUCUCUCUGCCAUGAUAACUAACUAUGGCGCUGCUACUUCAAUGUCAAUGGAAGAUAAUGAGAUAAUGGAGCCGCAAGAUUUCUCUUCUUCUUCGGUCGCUGCUUUUGGAGAUGUUGCACACACUUCAGGCUUCUUCACACUCUAUUAG